AUGUCGCUACCCUGGCCAGAUCCCAGCGCUGUCGUGACGCGGAUUGCCAACCUAACUGAGAGGGCAGUCACCGUCAAACAGUUGAGGCAGCUGGCACUGUUUCUGCAGCGGCUGUGCAAGGCCCUCCUCCUCAAGCACAGCACAGAGCACUCCAAAGAUAAUGGGUGCUACGACGAAUACAUCACAUGGUUUGAUAUCAACAUGUACGACAUCACAUCGGAGGUCAUCAAGAAGGUGAUCCCCUAUGUGAAUCCUAAGAUACAGGGAGCGCGGCACUCAAAGAUUGCACAAGAUUGGUGCAGUUGGAGUGAAUUCGUUGCCCAACGGCCCCAGCCAGCGCGGCUGAUGAUCAGCCACUGGUGGGGAGGCAGAUUCAGAGAUUUCAUGCGGGUGAUUCAGGAGCUUUGCGUGGACGAGGCCCUGCCUGGCAGCACGCCCUUAUGGGUCUGCACGUUUGCGAAUAAUCAGUGGGGGGAAGAUUUUGGGGACCGACUCGCCAAUUGCCCCUUCUACCGCACCGUCGCGGCUGCAGAUAUGACCGUCCUAAUUGUGGAUCGGUCAGCUGGAUCGCUUGGCAGAGUCUGGUGCGGCUUGGAACUCUAUUUGACCAUCCAGUCUCAGAAGCGAUUGCUGAUCUACACCCCGUCAGGACUGGUUGGCCACUCCUCCGGGCGAGCCUCUUCGGGACCGCUAAUCGAAGCUAUCAAGGCUUGGGAUAUUCGUCAAACCAAUGCUUCGGAGGAUGCGUACCGCCGCCAGAUCUUGAAUUACAUCGCUGACGUGGAUGAGUUUCAAGGCCUCCAGGUGGCGACAGAUGGACGCUUGGUGCGUGAUCAUGGUGAGGACCUGAACAUGAUGGUCCGCGUGGAGGUAUAUGCUACUGUUGGGAGAAGUCACAUUCUGCGUGGCUGCCGGGUUCCACGGAAGGAGCACCGAGGUGUGAAGCUGGGACAGUGGCGGGCAUUUACGCGCCAAGCUGAGGCUUCCUGGUAUCAGCGCUUCGGCUCAGAAACGCACCAGGCAGACGUCGCUCCAUCUGUGAGUUUCGGAGACGCUGACGUCCGGAUGAUCUACAGCUCGUUCGUUCAGCCGCGCAUCAGUGCGGCAAAGCGUUCCUACAUGGAGGUCGUUUCAGAUGGCCCACAGCUGCCAAAGUACUAUGUCAGUCUGUCGUGGGGCACUCGAAUCGCUGACGCCGCAGCUGCGAUUGACUGGUGGGCAGAAGCUCUGCACUUGCCUGACUCGGCGGUGCUUUUCGUGGACUUCUUGUCCGCUGGGCCAGAGAAGUCCGAGGGAGCCUGUGACACAGAACCCACGGAGCACAUCAAGGGAGUUGCUUUCCCGGCUGCCGAUGAGCUCCUGGAGUGCCAGGCGAUGUUGGGAGUCCUCGACCAUGAUGCUCCCGAGAUGACAAGCGCGUGGCGGUUUCUGGAGUUCGAGUUUGCGUCGCGGAACGGCUUAGAUAUCUACCUGGCCUGCGCAACAGGGGCGCUGGCAUGCAGCUGCCCAUUCGCUGACGGCAGUUGGGUUUUCGGCAGGUUCGAUGCUGACAUUGGACGCAGCAUGCAGCAUGUUUCGAGCCGCAACUGCAGAGCUGAAGCCCGCGAGCUCCGAGCCAUCAAGGACUACUUCGAAUCAAGGGGCCAUGGCCAAGCAAUCUACGAUCAAAUUGAUCGACGGUUCCAGCGCUGGGGAGCAGGCCCGGUGCUGCGUGAAGCGGCGGAGUGCGAUGACGAAGAGGAGGUCAAAGCCAUUUGCAUGAACCCGUCCCUCGUGAUCAAUGGCUGCAGCUUGCAAGGUGCCCACAGCGAAACAGCUCUGCACAUUGCAGCUGCGGCGGGUUCUAUGGAAGCCAUGCGAGCACUCCUGAGGCUGCAUGCAGACCCCAAUGCACAAGACCAGCUGGGGGAGACCCCACUGCACUACGCAGCCCUCGCCGGCCAAAGUGCCGCCGCAGCUCUGCUCCUCGAGGCCAAGGCCAAUAUCCUCUGCGAAAACUCGCUCGCCCAGGAUCCAUUGUUCGUGGCCCAGCAGAACCCAGCUGGCUUUCUCGGCAUUUCCAUGAGCAGCUUUGCCGGUUUUCCACUCCAACUUGCUGCAAAACACAUCUCAGCACACAUCAGUUUCAUGUUCUUACUCUAUGCGAGUGACAGCCGGUUGGCCUCCCAGAGCUGA